AUGUGGGCAGAAGAAACCUAUAUAACGACUCCACUGGGGAAUUUGCGGGCUUACGUUGCUUGUAACUCGGAACGUUCCUUAAAUGACGAUGGAGAACUUCCACUUACUGAUGACUGGUUGUAUACUCCUAGAAUUGAACGACAAGAAGCUAAAAGAAUUCUUAUAAACGUUACAUUUACUGUGAGGAGUUGCCGUGAUCUUGGGGAUCUGAAAGGUUGUAAAGAAACAUUUAAACUUUAUGGAACACAAGUGAGUAAUGGAGAGAAGCCUUUGCAAGAUGGAUCUGAUAAGAAUUGGGAACUGAUCAAUGUGAUUGCUGGUGAUCCUCACUCGGGGAACGAUGCACAGUCACCAGCUAGUUCAGUGGUUAGAAGUUUUCCAGUAACAAAGGAUGCUGUAUAUUUUGCAUUCCGAGUGGAAGGAGCAUGCAUAUCACUUUUAUCUGUUCAAGUGUUUUAUGAAGUAUGUCCUGAGAUCACACAACGUUUCACGCAUUUUCCAAAAACAGUAACGGGUAGUGAGUUGGAUUCUAUUAUAUCGGUCAAUGGGCAAUGUGUUGAUAAUGCGAGCCCAACGGGAUGCAAUCUUGUUCUUAUAUUUUUUUUAUUAACAGCCGAUACGAGUAGGAAUCCGACUUAUGUAUGCAAAGGUACUGGAAAAUGGGAACUCCGGCAGGGUGAAUGCGAGUGUAAUGCGGGUUAUGCACCAUCUUCCGACUCACAGUCUUGUACAGUUUGCCCGGAUGGACUUUACAAGCCGCGGCCUGGUGCAUCAAACUGCAAACGAUGUCCUCGGAAUACUCGUUCCUCUGGUAAACAGAAAUCAGUAUGUGAGUGUGAUUUUGGAUACUACCGAGCAGUAACGGAUAGUGCGGAUUCCCCCUGUACAAAGCCGCCAACGAAACCAACUGAUUUAAAGAUAGCAUCACGUAAUACUGAAGAUUCUGUAGUACUGGAAUGGAACGAACCUGUGUCUCUAGGAGGACGCAAGGAAUUGUGGUACCGUGUGAAGUGCUCGGAUUGUCCUUCUUCGACACGUUAUUCUCCCAAUUCCUUGACUUUAACUGAGAGAAGGUUGGAAAUUUCCGGGUUGGAAAGUAACAGACGUUAUUCAGUAAAAAUUUUUGCUGAAAAUGACGUUUCGCAGUUUGUACCAGUCGGACAGAGUCAUUAUGCUAUAAUUGAUGUUGAAACGAAACCGUUUUCACCUAUGCUGGUUGACGACUUCAGAAUCGAUGGGAUACAAGACAAUGGAGUGACUAUAUCUUGGAAACCACCAGCUGUAAUGGCACGAGAAAAUUUGGAAUAUGAAGUUGAGACAAGGCACAAUGGAACAUUUUUUCACAACAAAACGGCUCUCCUGUAUUUCACAGUCCCGAACCUGGACCCCCAUGUCAGAUACUCGUUCAAGGUACGUGUGAAAACGAGGAAUGAUGAAUAUGGUAAUUGGAGUAAACCGCUGUGGUAUCAGGUUGGCCACGGAGUGUUGCCAGGGAAUGCGAAGAUUGACGAUUUAAGCAGCAAUACUCCAGUUACAUCAAUAGAAUCAUUCUGGUCUGGUGGUUUUCCCAUAUUUGGGCUCAUAUUGUUCAUAUUCGUUCUUACAUUCUUCUUUGCCUUUAUUUUUAUAAUUCGCUCUAUGAGAUCCAAGAGCAAUCGUAAGCACUUCAGUGACUGUGAUGGGUUGGAUUCUUAUAAAAAUGGAACUUUGACUCCAGACUACAAUACACCUCCUCAUCCGGGCAUAAUGCAAAGCUUUUUUCGCGGAAAAUUGGGCGCACCACUUAUUCAGUAUGGAAGUCAUCAUUCCUCAGCUUGCUACUGCAGUGCAAGGUUCAAGCCGUAUGUUGACCCAACGGCAUAUGAAGAUCCUAAUCAGGCAUUACUGGAGUUUGCAAACGAUGUUGAUCCGAACCUUAUCCGCAUCACAGAAGUUAUUGGAAGUGGCGAGUUCGGUGAAGUCUGCAAAGGCGUUCUACAGCCAAGUCCCAAAAUUGCUGCUUAUGAUUUUCAACAAGCAAAAACUAUUGCCAUAAAAACACUGAAGCCGGGAAGCAGCGACAAGGCGAAGGCUGAUUUCCUGAUGGAAGCUUCGAUAAUGGGGCAGUUCGAGCACGAAAAUGUUAUUCGCUUGAUUGGUGUUGUCACAAAGAGCGAGCCUGUAAUGAUUGUCACAGAAUUUAUGGAAAAUGGUUCAUUAGAUCAGUUUUUGCGGAAGCACGAUGAUGGCCAACUACAAAUCGUACAGAUCCUGGAUAUGUUACGUGGCAUAGCUGCUGGCAUGAAGUACUUGACAGAAAAAGGAUUUGUUCAUAGAGACCUUGCUGCUCGAAACGUUCUCGUCGAUGCACAGCUCACCUGCAAGAUUGCCGACUUUGGGCUUAGUCGGGGACUGGAGGGUUCUGUGGAGCAGGAAUAUACAACUAAUGGUGGAAAAAUACCUGUGAGAUGGACUGCCCCAGAGGCAAUAACACAUAGGAAGUUCACAGCAGCUUCAGACGUUUGGAGCUUUGGUGUAGUAAUGUGGGAGGUGAGAUUUGUGGUUUGCUCUUUUGGUGAAAGACCUUACUGGGAAUGGACUAAUCAAAAAGUGAUUAGCGAAAUAACGAUUGGUUAUCGUUUGCCUGCUCCAAUGGAUACUCCAACUUCUUUACAUGUAUUAAUGUUACGAUGUUGGGACAUUGAUAGGCACAGGCGACCGACGUUUGCUCAAAUAUUACAAACUUUAGAAGAGUACUGUCGACAUCCUGAUCUCGUUUAUGUUGAUUCUGGCGCUCUUGAGUCUGCCGCAAAUAUUUCGUACGGGAUUGGCAAGGUUACGGGAGCACAGGGAGAUCCUGGUGAUGGGAAGAUCCCAUCUCCGCCGGCGUGUAUGCCUCCUCCCGUGCCUCUCUACGACUUCUUAAAGCGAGCAGGUCUCAGCCAUUAUUCCACGAAGCUGCAUCUGGCAGGUCUACAGUCGGUUUCUGACCUUACAAGACUUAAUCAUAUUGAUCUUUUGAGCUACGGGUUUAACGCUGAAGAAGCGCAGAGAUUACACAAGUUGAUAGCAACGAUGCAACGAACGUUACCUCGGCAAAUUGAUAGACAACAUUACCCGCCUAAUGCGCAGACUGCGGCUGCGCUGGCGCACUGCCGUAUUGCCAAUGCUGCCCAGACUAUAUCGACAACAACCACAACGACCACAGCUGCCAACUGCGAUGGAUUUUUUGUUUAG